CGACGAUUGCAUUUGCUUUGGCGGAGGGCCGCUAUCGCGUGAUUGAGAAACCGUUGUGCUCGUGAGCAUGCGUGAGUGCUGUGAUUAGCGCAUUUCGAUCAGCAGCCUCAGCCAAGAGGGCCUCUCGCCGGUAAGCCAUGGCGAUGGAUGGAUGGGUGGAUGACCCCCUCAUGGACACGCACACACGCGCGACUCGUGGCUUGACGGAUGGCGUGUGUGCUGCAGGUGGGCAGCAGACAGAAACGACCGCAUCUCCCAUCCAUCAGUAACACAAGAGUGAAGUCUGCUGCUUGCUUCACUCGGUGACGGAGGAUGUCUGACACUGCUGCUGCUGGAGAUGACGGCCGUCAGGUGAGGCUGCAGCCAUGAAGGGGGUCAUGGUGAUGUCAGCUCAUCGUUCACUCUUCUGUGUGUGUGUGAGAUAACAGGCCACAUCUGCCGCUGCUGCAAGCGAUGAGGAUCAGCGACGCCCAGAGAGGGAGAGGAAACUCAGGCAAACCAUCGCAGACACGGUAGAGCAAAUGACUCAGACAGGCUGAAUGAAGCACUGACUCACUCGCUGUCGCUCUUCUGUGUGUCUUUGCCUUUGUGCAGCCUGGUCUUGUCAACUGCAUCACGGCCUUUCUGCCCCUGUAUCUGCUCGGCCUGCUGUCGACCACGGCCUGGGACCCCACAGCGCCCACACACAGCCACCUCACCAUCGACAGCACCAACAGCAACGAGCGGUCGGUGUGGCAGCGGGUCCCUCUCGCUCUCGGCACCCAAUGGGCCAACAAACUCACUCGGCUGACGACAAUUACGUUGCGCUAUCCCGUCGGCGCGGCUCUGUGGUGCAUCGACGUCUUUAUCACCGUGAUCGAGGGCCAUGUUGCCGGCCGGCGGGCUGCCAAUAUGAAUGGCGGCACCCUGCGCACCAUCACAUUGGAAGGCGUGAGAUUGGCUGAGAGGGAGAUGAGUACCGUCGGCCGACCACAGCAGCUACCCCCUGACCAGAUCCCGCCUCUCGUCCCGCCUCCAUCCCUUGAUGCACUCACGACCAUCACUGGCCUCCUCGACGAUCAUCACGACCUGGCUGACAGAGGCUGGCGGAUGCCGUCACUCGAGACAGUGGAGCAUCACCGGUGGGGGGCCGAUAAGCUGGGCCGCCUCAUCUGCUCGUCAGAGUCGCUGCAGCUCAUUUGUGGGGAUCUGCCGGCGGCCGAGGAGUGGGCCAGUGUGUUCGAGCGCAUGCCCGAGGCAGCUGCUGGGCAGCGGGGGCCCCUUGCAGGUCUGCGGAGUAUCGGCACUAUCGAUCUGGGCUUCGAUGCUGACCGGGCGCGGGCAGCGGUGGACAGACUGCAGGUAACUUACCACCAAUGGAUGCACGUGUCAGCGAGGUGUUAACGGUGAUCUCACCAUGGGUGUGUGCUGUAGGUGGCGCUCACGUCACGUGGCUGCCGCCGGUCGCUCACUCAGCUGGUGGUGUCGAUGAGCGAUUGGAUCAUCGACAGUCGUGUCCUUCCCCUGUUGCAGUCCCUCGACUCGCUACACAACACGUGCUGCCGACCCGAAGCCGAAGUCGCCGUCGAGUACCUUGAUGCUUACUUUUUCGACCUGUCGUUCUUCUACAGCGACGAUUUUCCCACCAACCCCUCCCCCCUCUUCAAGACGGCCAUCCAGGCGGCCGCACGGAAGGUAGACGAGGUGAGGUAUGUCAUCAGCCAGCAUGACCUCACCCACCCCGUCGACAGCCCCAGCCAGGCGGCCAUCGACCUCGCCAAGACACUCACAUUCGACAAGGUGGAGGACGUGUGGGUCAACGACGCCGAUGGCUUCAUCCCCCCUCCCAACGCCCCCUCACCGCAGCCCACCAUCAUCACACACCUGCAGCAGUUCCCAAGGGCCACAUGCUUGGAGGUCAACAGCGGUGUGGGCAGUGCUGCGGGUCGGCUGAUGGCAGAGAAGAUGCCCAGGGUGGUCGAGUGGUUGGAGUUCAACUCAGCUGUGAGUGGAGAGGACAGAAGGGCCGUGUUGGAGGCGGUGGGGGCGAGGAGGGAGGUCGACACUGUCGAGGUCGAUGAGGUCAGUCUCGCUGAGGGCGCAUUGGACGGCUGGCAAUCGGACUGCUGCCCAUCGAUUCACAACCUAGUCAUGCAUCUGUCAGCUACCCAAUGGAUUCCAAUAAACACUUCUGGCUGGCUCAUUUUAUGUGUGCAUUGCUGCCGUCUGUGUGCUGUCAUUCAGUGCCCGAUGGUUUGGAGGCCUCUGCGGCUGCCGAGCUCAUCCGCGACGGCGUCUCAUCAAUCGUGGGUGGCGUCCGAGGCCUAAGGCGUUUGACGCUGACAUUGCGGUGCGGUAAAGCCGUUCGCGGCGCCAUUGCGCUGCUGCUUCCAGACGGCACAGAGGUCGGUGACAACUUCACCACCACCACAAGUCACCGCACCGUCUUCAUUCGCCUGGACGUAACUCGUCGCUCUUAGAGGGUGAGAACAGGCAGAGCAAUGAAUCAUUGCCUUCACAUAACGUGUGUGUGUUGAUGUGUUUUCCAGGCUGUGUGUCGAGAGCAUACGACAUGACACAACAGCAUCCUACCGUAGCACUCACACCCCGUAGAAAGAGAGGGAGGGAGGGAGGGUGUAACGGAUGGAUGGACGGAGACCUGGUAUGCCAUUGUAUACCUGGCGGCUGUCUUUGCCCAUGACUGCGGUGGACAAGUGUGCGCCUCAGUCAUUCCGCCGCCCCUCUGGUCGGCAACUGCUUGAGCAGUUGUGUCACACGUAUGCUAUCAUCGGGGUUGUGAUUGUGUGUUGGUGGUGCUGAAGGGCUGCCUAUCGCUGCCAUGCUGGUGCGUGUGUGUGUGUGUGUGUGUGGGCGUGUGGGCGUGUGUGGGCGUGUGGGUGGCUCGUCGGGCUGUCUGCCCGAGCGCACACAUGAAGACACCACGUUACGCAGCUUUACUGCUGACUGCCUGGCGGGCGGGGUGUCUGAAUGGUUGCUGCUGUGUGCCGGCUGACGCGGCCCAUCCCACCACACACACACACACACACACACACGGGGCACAAUACAAACAUCAACCCUCACAUCAAGAGGCAGGUAGGUUGCGCUUGGUGUGCCCCCACCCCCACUCAAGCUGCUGCCAUGUCCCUUAGUGCGUGUCUGUGUCUGAGCGUCCGCACGUGGCUCGUGGGUGGACUGAUGGACCCGUUUAUCGACUGGCUGACUUCCAUCUGUGUCUGCGUGUGUGUGCGUCGGUCUCUGUGUUAGUGUGAAGCUGUGUGAAGUUCCA